UUCGCGAACGUCACACCUCCACUGCCUGUCUUAGCGGCUCUCUCGCGCAGCCUGUCCGAAUGAGAAGGCGCUGAUUUCGGCUCCACAAUGAUGACAUUUCUCCCCAAACUCCUUCUGGUUGUGUUACUCGCCUUCCCGGCGCACAUCGUCAGCAGGGGGCCAUUGGUUAGUGCUCAGGAUCUGACCGAGGAUGAGGAGGUGGACGCGGUGGAGGAUGACAUCGUGGACGACGCGACGGCCGAGGAUGAGGACGACGAAGCCGAAGUAGAAGACGACGAAAACACGGAACUCACGGAAGAAAAGGAGGAUGAGGAGGAGGAGACGUCGGUGGGCGAGGUGAAGGCGUCGCCAAACGCCGAUACCACCAUUCUCUUUGUCAAAGGAGAAGACUUCCCUGCCAACGACAUUGUCAAGUUCCUGAUGGGCUUUACCAACAAAGGCUCAGAGAACUUUGUGGUGGACUCUCUGGACGCUUCUUUCCGCUACCCUCAGGACUACCAGUUCUACAUCCAGAACUUCACGGCGCUCCAGCUGGACACGCUGGUUCCUCCCAGCAAGCAGGCCACCUUCGAGUACUCCUUCAUCCCGGCAGAACCCAUGGGAGGGCGACCCUUUGGACUCGUCAUCAACCUCAACUACAAGGACAGCAAUGGCAACAUCUUCCAGGACGCCGUGUUUAACCAGACGGUCACCAUCACUGAGAAGGAGGACGGUCUGGAUGGAGAGACCAUCUUCAUGUACAUCUUCCUGUCUGGCCUCGGACUGCUCGUCGUCGUCGGCCUUCAUCAGCUGUUGGAGUCCAGAAAGAGGAGGCGUCCUGCUGCGAAAGUAGAAAUGGGAACGUCGAGUCACAACGACGUAGACCUCAGCUGGAUCCCUCAAGAAACUCUGAACCAGAUCAUGCAGAGUCGCAGAGACAAAGCGUCGCCCAGGAGGUCUCCACGCAAACGCAACCAGAAACGCUCGGCGGGCUCGGACGAGUGACGCAAAGGACAACUGCCAGAGCCUCCCUGACAUCACGGCGGCCUUUUUUUAUUUUUAUUUUUUUUCCUCUAGAACUUGAAAAUCUGCUGAGCUGUUCAGCACACACGUGAUUGAGAGGACAGUUGUGUUGUUUAAAACUGCUGAUGCUGCUAUAGUGAGGAGCUGCAACACAACCUUGUCUUUUUGUGUGUCUUGUUUGCAGCUCCGCACUGUAUCGCUAAAUAAAUGCACUCUGGUCUUC